ACAAAGCCCAGCCGAAGGGGCGCGACGUCACAAUGGAAGCUCCUCACAAUGGAACAUUAGAAAGCAGGAAGCGGGCCUCAGCCAACGUGCGGCGCCCGCAACGCUCGCGGCUCUUGAAAAAAAGAGAGAGAAGGGGAGAAGAAAGAAGAAGAAUGCGAGAAGAGAGAAGAAGGAAGGAUACAGCUGAAUGCAAAGCGCGAAGCGCGUUGCGUGGAGUCGAAACACCAGUAACUCAUUAUGGCUGUCCCCAUUGCUGCCUGCCGGCGCUCUGCAGUCUAGGGCGGCCUGUGUGCCGACCCGGAGCGCUGUCACCUCCCGGAGCGGCAGCGGAUCCCGGGGGCGGCUGCUGUGCUCCCUGGGGCCUGCUCCCAAGGCGCACGCAGCCGGACCGAGGGCGAGGGAGAGGGCGGGAGCAGGGGGGUGCGACCCCAAAUCACAGCGGCUUGGCGGGGGAGGAUUCCCUCCUCGGUGGCCGCGUGGGCGCGGUGAAUCCCUCGUCCCCUGCUAGGGAGUCCGGGUUGGGGGAACGUGCAUUUUUCAGGAGGAGUGGGAGCGUUGACAAGGAGGAGAGGAUCCCCGGGCCUCACGCCGUGGGAGGGCCACGCGGGCCGGGGACGUGUGGGAGGAACUCCCGAGCUGCAUGCUGUAGUGGGGGUGGAUGACAACCUCGCUCCCCUCCCCUCCCCUCCACCCAGUGGAGGACUGGGGACCGGAGGGCCCGGCCUCCCCCCAUCUUCUCUAGUUCUUAGGGAAAGAAGGAUUCCCGCCUCCUGCAAGCCCCCUCUCUCCACCCCCGCCACCUCUCCCGCCAGGCUCCCCACUCCUAUACUAGGCAGUCACAGCGCCCCCGGGCUCUCCUCCGCCCGCGCGGUGCGGGGAGGUAGCGCGCUGCGGCGGUCCCGCGCUCCGGCCAGAAUCAGGGCAGGCUGUGCCUCCCGCCCCCAGCUCCCUCCCUGGGGGGGCGCGCGGCCGGUCAGGGGGCGUGGGCGGCGGUGUGAGCCGGGCUGGGUGCGGGAGGGGCCCCGGCGGCUGCAGGGAGGGUCGCGGGGCGGCGGGCCAAGCCGGGAAGAGCCAUACAAGGAGCGGAUCCGGUGACGCGCCGGCCGCGCCCCUUCUCCUUCUCGAUUUGGCUGCAGAUUCCGGUCCCAAGAUUUGCAUAUUUUGGCAUCCAGUGGAAAAGGAAAGAAGAACGGAACCCGCAGCCUUUAAAGGAACCGCACAGGCUGUAGCGUCACCCAGGGAGGCGGUCUGGGGGGGAGCGUGAAAAAUUAGCCAGCGGCUCUGGCCUCUGGCUGUAGAGCCCGGCCGUAGGGGAGGAGCGGGGAGGGGCGGCGACCAGAGAGCUGCGGGCGCGCCAGUCCCAGUCCCGGCCCCUCUAGGGUGCUUCUUGCUGAGCGUGCACCCGGAGGCUGCGGAGGGUCUCCACGGUUCCCGCCCGGGGCCGGGAGACGCCGUGGGGUCCGCGGUCUUGGGCAGCUGCAGGGCAGAAGGCUGCAGUGCCCCAGUCUGCCCGCGCGAGGCAGAGCUCAGCCUGCGGGGGUGGUGGGAAGGAAGUAAGAGGCCUCCGGGCCGCCCAGCUCAACUCCGGAGGACCCCUCUGUGAUGCACUCACUUUCCACCUGUCAGGAUCUCUCCCCAGGAGGGGCUGCAGAGUGAGGAGCUAGAAGUCCUCUUCCUGUUCGACUGGGGCCUGCGUUGGGAAAAGCAGAGGCAGUGGAAGCGUUUGGGAUCCUUAAGCUUCCAGGGCCACAGAGGCGGUGGAGUGCAGCCACUGCCAUCUGGAGCAGACGGCCCCCUUCCCUGACCCUUUUCGGCUCGCUGGACUUGUUGCUCCCAAGGAGAACAGCAUGGGGCAAAGUCUGCCAACCUGCACCAGGGCCUACUUACUUACCGGGCAGCAAGAUUGGAUAGGAGUCUGGAGACAUGAUUCCUUCCCUCUCCUUUAUACUAGUUCUUUGCAUAAAACGGGAGCCUUCAAUUCAAUUAAAUAAAGUCUUCAUUAAAGCUUCAUUGUGACGUUGG